AAUUAAAGCUACCUGCAUUUUUAAACAAUGGCGCAGAUUUACUGAUGAAAUACACUUAUCUCAGAUUAUUCGCGGUAUACACGGGGAACCAGCAGUUGGCCUGAGAACGAAGGCGAUGCGUUGUCUCACGAUGAUCAUCGAAACGGAUCAUUCGGUUUUGAAGAUUCAUGAAGUACGCCAAGCAGUACAGGCGCGAAUGUUGGACCCGAAUGCGGCAGUUCGUGAAGCAACCAUUGAGCUUAUUGGGAAAUAUUUGAUUGCAAAGCCAGAUUACGUGCCUCAGUACUAUCCGAUAUUAAUUCAACGCAUAAUGGAUAGUGGAGUGGCAGUUCGCAAACGUGUGAUCCGAAUAAUGCGUGAGAUUUGCGAACAAAUUCCGAGCUACGAAAAGGUCCCGGAAAUUUUGGUAGCAGUGAUUGGCCGAAUUAGUGAUGAAGAAGGCGUGAGGAAGCUUGCUGUUGAAACGCUACAAAUAUUGCUGUUUCAACCAGUUCGUGAACGUGAUUGCGCGCAGCUGGUCAAUAAGGUAACUUUUGGUUACUUCGAACGCAAACAAAAGAAAGAAAUUUCGAAAAGACUUGUUGAGCUAAAAAGAGCUGAAAGUGGAUUGUUCAGACACAUCUCGAAAUUUGUUGUGCUCACGGUGACAAAUGUCAUGCAGAUUUGUGGUGAGAAGAUUCGGUAUUUUGAACAGUUCCUGAAUCUGCUCUACAAAAAUAAUGACCGCGCUGUUCUGGUUGCAUCUCGUCAAAUUGUGGAUACUCUUGUCGACAAUGUUCUGUCGCUUGAUUCUAUAAUGGCCUCGGGUAGUAAAGCAGCAACGAAGGGCAGUAAUACCUGUAAAGAAGACGGUGUCACAUCGAGAGAGGCAGUGGAGAAGCAGACGGAGCAUCACAAACAGUUGCUGGCGUGCAUGGACACACUGCUGUUGUUCAGUAAAACAAAGCCAGAGCUGCUCGUAAUAAAUAUUCUGGAACGAGUAGUGCCCGUGAUGGAUCAUCCGUCGGAAACGUUUUUGAGCGGCGUGGAUCAAAAUUUUCUUCUCAAGGCAAUGAACAAUAUGAGGAAUGGCAGCGCCUUCAACGAGCAAGAAAAACCACUGGUGGAUCGGUGA